GGCUAAAACAUCGCAUUUACUUAAAACUGCAAAACCCUCCGCCGCUUACAUCUCUCCCCCUCCUCUCACUCUUACUUAUCUUCUUCUUCUUCUUACAUAGGAAGAACCCUAAAAAUCGAAUAACAAGAUGAAUAGGGAGAAGUUGAUGAAGAUGGCUAACACUGUCCGCACUGGCGGUAAAGGGACUGUAAGAAGGAAGAAGAAGGCUGUUCACAAGACAAACACGACCGACGACAAGAAGCUACAAAGCACUCUCAAGAGAGUUGGAGUCAACUCCAUUCCCGGUAUCGAAGAAGUUAACAUCUUUAAGGAUGACUCUGUGAUUCAGUUCCUUAACCCUAAAGUUCAAGCUUCCGUUGCUGCUAACACAUGGGCUGUGAGCGGUACACCACAGACCAAAAAGUUGCAAGACAUACUUCCACAGAUUAUCAGCCAACUUGGAACUGAUAACUUGGACAACCUAAAGAAGCUAGCAGAGCAGUUCCAGAAACAGGCACCAGGUGGAGGAGCUGAUGUUCCAGCGACUAUCCAAGAAGAUGACGACGACGAUGAUGAUGUCCCAGAACUUGUAGCGGGAGAGACUUUCGAGACUCCUUCUCCUGAAGAAGCUGCUAAAGCUACUGCCUCCUAAGUGAAGAAGGCUCACCAGCAAAACCCCUCACCAUAAAAAAAAAUGUUUGGUGCUCGACCUUUUUUGAGCACCGUUCAGAAUUCUUGUUUUCUCUAGUCGUUACGAACAGAAAAGACUUGGUUUUGUUAUCACUUGAUGCGUUUUGUCUGAACAGCAAUUUUCCUUUUAUUAAGUGGUUAGAUCGCUUCCUGCUUA